CUCCUCCUUUUGACCUCCCUUUCCCGUGAGAACAAAGACCCCUCCCCCCUUCCCUGACCCCCGAUCCGGAGAGACCCGCGCGCGCCACGCCCGCCGCUGUCCCAGCCCGCGCUCCCUUGCUGAGGCGCACACUCUACACCACACCUCCCUCCCUCUCUACACCAAACAUGACGGCCCCCGAGUACACCUUCCCCGGUGCGGAGGCUUUCCUCGAGUCGAAUGCCCCGGCCCUGACUGUGGACGACGAGCAGGAUGCCCUCCCGCUGGCCCUGCUUGUUCUCAGCGACGGCGGUACCCCGCUGGUGGGCCGGUCCUUUGGCGCGGCGGCCGGCGCCACCGGCCUGGCGACCGUCCUCGCCGGCCCGGUCGGCCACAUCGAGUCCAUCACCGAUCCCUCGCACGGGGGCCAUGUUUUGGUCCUGACCCACCCGAUGCCCGGUGCCGCCGGUGUGCCGAGCGCCUCCUAUGAGGCCGACGCCAAUGGCCUGGCCCGGCAUCGCGAGUCCGCCCGGGCCCGGGCAACGGCCGUGGUUGUCGGCUCGGACGCCGGCGCCGGGGCCGACUACUCCCACUGGCGUGCGGCCGACUCCCUGGGCGCCUGGCUUGCUCGGGAGGGCGUGCCUGCCAUCUGCGGUGUGGACACCCGUGCCCUGACCCGGCGCAUUAGCCGCUUCACCGGACCCGGCCACCUGUGGGCGCGGAUCCUCAUUGGCGAGGAGGCCGCCCGUGUGGCGGCCGAGCUUCGCGCCUCCGGCCCGGCGGCCGUCGUUGCCGGCAUGACAUGGGGCGCCCCCUUCACCGGACGGAACCUGGUUGCCGAGGCCUCGAUCAAGGCGCCCCGGCUCUUCCGGCCGACCGGCCCGGUUGCCCGGGCUGGUGCUUCCAGCCCGUCGACGGCCGCCCCGGCGACGGAUGGCAAGCGUCCGCUGCGCGUCCUGGCCCUUGACAUGGGCCUGAAGCAUGCGCAAAUCCGCGCUCUGACCAACCGUGGCGCCGAGGUUGUCGUUGUGCCGUGGAACUUCGACAUUCUGACGGCCCUGGGGCUGGAGGACCCGGCCGGCCCCGCCGGCGCCUGGGUGCCUGACGCUUUGGCCGCUCCCGCCCCCGUCGUGGCCCCGGGCUCCGACGCCAGCUUCGGCAUCGAUGCUGCUGGCGAGGCUGCCCCAUCCACUGUCGGCCCGGUGGACGCGGUUCUGGUGACCAGUGGUCCGGUGGACCCGUCUUCCGCCGGGUUUUCCGCCUCCGAGCACCCCUGUGCCGGGACCAUUGCCCGGCUGGCGGUCCUCCUGGCCCGCUGGCCGAAGCCGGUUUUCGGCAUCGGCCUUGGCCACCACCUGCUGGCUCUGGCAGCCGGGGGGUCGCUGACUGCCCUGGCCCAGGCUCGCCGCGCGCCGAAUGUCCCCUCGCGGGACCCGCUCACCCAGCGCUGCUAUAUCACGGCCCAGAACCACGGCGUGGCCGUGGACUUCGAGUCGCUCGAGGCCUCCGGCGCCUGGGACCAGCUGUUCGCCAAUGCCAAUGAUCACACCUGCGAGGGUGUGGCCUCGCGCAGCCGGCCCCACUUCUCGGUGCAGUUCCACCCGGAAGGCCGGCCCGGCCCGUCGGACACGGAUUUCCUGUUCGAUCGCUUCCUCGAGGCCGCGCGUGACCUGCUGGACAUCUCCUCCCUCGGGGGGGAGGAUCGCCCAAUGCGCCCCCUGGCUGCCCCCUCGCCGGCGGCCGCCAAUGCCGCGGUCCCGGCCCGACUGCGCCCGCGCAAGAUCCUUCUCCUCGGGUCCGGCGGUCUCUCCAUCGGCCAGGCCGGCGAGUUCGACUACUCCGGCUCGCAAGCCAUCAAGGCCUUCAAGGAGGAGGGCAUCCGGGUGAUUCUCAUCAACCCGAACAUCGCCACUGUGCAGACCUCCCGCGGGCUGGCCGACAAGGUGUACUUCCUGCCGAUCAACGCCGAGUAUGUGCGCAAGGUCAUCGAGUAUGAGCGCCCGGAUGGCAUUUCGGUGUCCUUCGGCGGGCAGACCGCCCUCAACGUCGGCAUCGAGCUGCACCAGGAGCUGAAGGAGCUCGGCGUCCAAGUGCUGGGGACGCCCAUCGAAACGGUCAUCCUGACCGAGGAUCGCGAGCUCUUCGCCAAGGCCAUGGAGGAGAUUGGCGAGUCGUGCGCCGAGAGCUCGCCGGCCACCUCCAUGGAGGAGGCCAUCGACGCGGCCAACCGCAUUGGCUACCCGCUGAUCGUGCGCGCGGCCUUUGCCCUGGGUGGGCUUGGGUCCGGGUUUGCCCAUACCGAGGCGGAGCUGGUGGACCUUUGCACCAAGGCCUUCGCCGUGGCGCCGCAGGUGCUCAUCGAACGGUCCAUGCAGGGCUGGAAGGAGAUCGAGUAUGAGGUGGUGCGCGAUUGCGCGGACAACUGUGUGACCGUGUGCAACAUGGAGAAUGUCGACCCGCUGGGUGUGCACACCGGCGACUCGAUUGUCGUGGCCCCGACCAUGACCCUGACCGAUGCGGACAACCGCCGGCUCCGGUCCACCGCCCUGAGCGUGGUCCGGCACCUGGGGGUGGUUGGCGAGUGCAACAUCCAGUACGCCGUCAACCCGGCCACCGAUGAGUACUGCAUCAUCGAGGUGAAUGCCCGCCUGUCACGGUCCUCGGCCCUGGCCUCCAAGGCCACCGGCUACCCGCUGGCCUUUGUGGCGGCCAAGCUGGCCCUGAACAUCCCCCUGCCGGAGAUUGUCAACCGUGUUACCGAGACCCCGACCACUCUCUGCUUCGAGCCGGCCCUGGAUUACUGCGUGGUCAAGGUCCCUCGGUGGGAUUUGCGCAAGUUCACGCGCGUGUCCAACCGCAUUGCCUCGGCUAUGAAGUCCGUCGGCGAGGUGAUGGCCAUUGGCCGGACCUUCGAGGAGGCCCUGCAGAAGGCCAUCCGCGCGGUGGACAACUCCUUCCAUGGCUUCGAGGCGAACACCGUCCUCGAGGCGUCCGACGAGAACAUCGGCAUCCCCACCGACGCUCGGCUGUUUGCCCUGGCCAAUGGCCUGCAUGCGGGCUACUCGAUCGAGCGCAUCUGGGAGCUGACCAAGAUCGACCGGUGGUUCCUCAGCAAGAUGGCGCGCAUCGUGGCCGCCGACAAGGCUCUCCAGGCCCUGGCCGCCGGGGCCGGGGCCGCCGAAACCCCGGCCGACAUCAGCCCCAUGCACUUGCGCCGUGCCAAGCAGCUGGGCUUCUCCGAUGGGCAGAUCGCCCGGGCCCUCCGGUCUACGGAGAUGGCCGUCCGGCGCCGGCGCCUUGAUUGCGGCGUCCGGCCCUUCGUCAAGCAGAUUGACACGGUGGCCGGUCUGGAUGGCUCGCGCGCCAAUUACUUCUACCUGACAUACCAUGCCACCGAGGAUGAUGUGGCCUUCGAGGAUCGCGGCAUCAUCGUCCUCGGGUCCGGUGUCUACCGCAUCGGCAGCUCGGUGGAGUUCGACUGGUGUGCGGUUCGCUGCAUCCGGACCCUGCGCGAGACUGGCUUCCGCACGGUCAUGAUCAACUACAACCCGGAGACCGUGUCCACGGACUACGACGAGGCGGAUCGCCUGUACUUCGAGAACAUCACCACCGAGACCGUGAUGGAUGUCUACGACCUGCAGUCCUCCCAGGGGGUGGUCAUCAGCAUGGGCGGCCAGACGCCGAAUUUGAUUGCCCUCGGCCUGCACCGGCAGGGGGUCCGGGUGCUCGGCACGUCGCCGGAGUCCAUCGACUGCGCGGAGAACCGCUACAAGUUCUCCCGCAUGCUGGACAAGAUCGACGUCGACCAACCGGCCUGGCGGGAGCUGGCCUCCUUCGAUGAUGCGCGGAGCUUCUGCCGUGCGGUCACCUACCCGGUCCUGGUCCGGCCGAGUUACGUCCUCUCGGGCGCCGCCAUGAAUGUGGUCUUUACGGAGGCCGAUCUGGAAUCGUACCUUGGCAAGGCGGCUUCCAUUUCGCCGGAGCACCCGGUGGUUGUGACCAAGUUCAUCGAGGGCGCCAAGGAGAUCGAGGUGAAUGCGGUCGGCCGCGGGGGUGAGCUCAUCAUGCAUGUCGUUUCCGAGCAUGUGGAAAAUGCCGGUGUGCACUCCGGCGAUGCGACCCUCGUCCUGCCCCCGCAGGACCUGGACCAGGAAACCACCGACAAGAUUGUCCAGGCCACCGGGCUCAUUUGCCGCGAGCUCCACAUCACCGGCCCCUUCAACAUCCAGUUCAUCGCCAAGGACCGUCGCAUUCAGGUGAUCGAGUGCAACCUGCGUGCCUCUCGGUCGAUGCCCUUCGAUUCGAAGGUCACCGGGGUGGACCUCAUCGAGAUGGCCACCCGGGCCAUGGUCGGCCUGCCGGUGACCGCCUACCCGGCCCCGACCCCGACCCCGGGGUCGGGCUCCGGUCCGGUGGUCGCGGUCAAGGUCCCGCAGUUCUCCUUCUCCCGGCUGUCCGGCGCCGACCCGGUGCUGGGCGUGGAGAUGGCCUCCACCGGUGAGGUGGCCUGCUUCGGGCGCACCCACCAUGAGGCCUACCUCAAGGCCCUGGAGGCCACCGGCUUCCGGCUGCCCGCUCGCAAUGUCCUCAUUUCCAUCGGGUCGUAUGCCGAGAAGUCGGAAUUGCUGCCGGCCAUCCGCAAGCUGGCCACCCUGGGCUACCGGCUCUUUGCCACUCCGGGCACGGCGGACUUCCUGGCGUCCAACGGCGUGGAGGUGGGCUUCCUGGAGCAGAUUUCCGAGGACAGUGCCCCGGCCCCGGCCCCGGCGGCCGGUGGCGGGGGCUCCUCCGCCAACAGCCCGCCCAUCAGCCCAUCCUCCUCGAGCAGCAACCUGGCGGCCCUGGCGGCCUCCGGCACCGCCGGCACGUCCACCCCUCGGCGUGAUGAGUACAGCCUGGCCAAUGCCCUGGCCUCGAAGCAGAUCGACCUCUACAUCAACCUCCCCUCGAAGAACAGCUUCCGCCGGCCGGCCAACUACGUGUCGGCUGGCUACCUGAGCCGGCGUCUGGCCGUGGACUUCUCCGUGCCGCUGAUCACCAAUGUCAAGUGCGCCAAGCUCUUCAUUGAUGCCCUUGCCAAGGCUGAUCGUCGUGCUCUGCCGGUGGUCCUGGACGGCAGCGGCGACUCGCUGGCCGCCACCCGGCCGGUGCGUGUGGGCGCCUGCGAUGUGCUCUCCUCGGCCGAGACGGCCCUGAUGCCGGCUCUGGUGGAUCUGGCGCUGGCUCCCCCGGCGUCGGCCGGUAUGCCGGCCACGGUCACCGAAGCGGCCGCCCGUGUGGGCGCCUAUGCCGAGGCGUCUCUUCGGUCGGGCUUGGGCUUUGUUGGCAUCGAUUUGGGAGCCCUGCCGGAGGAGCUGGGCGCCGGUUUGGCCGGGGCCCUGGCCGCCACGGAGACCCCGCUGCCGGUGGACCACGGUUUGGUGGGGGCCCUCGGUGCUGGCCUGGCCGCGGCGGCGGCGGCUCCCCUGCUGGCUGCGGUCCUGCGGCAGCCCUUCCCCACGACGGCCGACGCCCUGGCCCGGGCGCAGAAGCUCCUGCAGCAGGGCGCCGAUGGCCGGGCUUUGGUUUUGGCUGCCUCGGGCCCGGAGCUCGGUGCCUGGCUGCUCCUGGCGGCGGGCGUGUGCCGCCGGCCAGUGCAUGUCACCGGCGUGGCCUCGGUGGCCGAUCUGCGCCUGAUCGCGGCCACCCGGGCCGCCGGCGUGGCGACCGUCACCUGUGACGUCAGCGCGGAGGACCUUUUCUUCGGCCCGGAGGCUGGUGACCUUUGGAAGAACAUUGCCCUGGUGGAUGUCAUCCAGCCCGGCUCGUCGCCCUUCGCCGAUGUCUCCUCCACUCCCGGCCCCUCCCGGCCGGCUGGGGCGGAGGCCGAUGCCGACCACGGCCAGAGCACGACGGAGUACCACCCGCAGGAGCACUUCCUGCCCCUGCUCCUGACCGCUGUCCAUGAGGGCCUUCUCACCCUGGAGGAGGUCAUCGCCAAGUGCUGCCACAACCCGGCCCGGAUUGUGGGCCUUCCGGGAACCGCCGCCACCAUGGCCGUGGGCAGUGCCCCGGCGGCCCCGCUGACCGGCUGGCAGGCCGCUUCUCCGACUGGCCUGCUGCUGGAGGUGGAGCUGGACCGGGCCGGCGUCGCCGGGGCCGGGGCUCUGCCCACUCUGAAUGGCCGCAGCCCCGCCAAUGUCCUCAAGUCCGGUGUUCUCCGCGGGCAGGUGGCUCGUGUGUUCACCCAGUUGCCGGAGCAUAGCCGCGUCCGGUCGGGCCUCUCCUCGGCCGGGACCCUGGUGCUUGAUGGGGCCGCUCUGUCGGGCCGGCGCCAUGUUGGCACCCUGCGGACGGCCGUCCUGGCGGCGGCCUCGCGCGCUGAUGGCCUGGGCGUCGAUGCCCCGGCUGGGGCUGGCACCCCGGCGGGCCUCGGCAAGAAGCACGGCACUGAUGCGCCCGCCGGCGCGCAUGCCGAUCUCCUCCCGGCUGUCGCCACCUCCGAGCAGCAGUCGCAGCAGCAGCAGCCGCCGCCGCAGUCGCAGCAGCCAGGCCACCACAGUGCCGUCGUGACUGAGGCGGCCCCGGGCGAGGAGCUGCCCGCCCCGGCCCCGGCCCCGGCCUCGGCCCCGGUUGUUCUGGCCGGCGCUGGCGUUGUUCCCCCUGCCAGCUGCCCGGCGGCCCCGAGCGCCGCCAAGACCGCCCUGGCCUCGCGGCAUGUCCUGGCAGUUGGGACUUGGAACCGGUCUGCCCUGCACCGGCUGUUUGAGCUGGCGCAGGAUAUGCGCAAGCUCGUGGAGCGCGGCCCGACUGGGGCCCUGGCUGGCGCUGAGCAGGCCCUCCGCGGGCGGGUCCUUUGCACGGUCUUCUAUGAGCCCUCCACUCGGACUUCGGCCUCCUUCGAGGCGGCCAUGCUGCGCCAGGGCGGCUCGGUGGUCAGCAUCCCGGUCGAGCGGAGCUCCGUCCAGAAGGGCGAGUCCCUGGCCGACACGGUGCGCACGCUGGACUCCUAUGCCGAUGCCAUUGUCCUGCGGCACCCGGGUGCCGGUGCGGUGGCCGAGGCCGCGGCCACGGUGGCCCGGGCCCCGGUCAUCAAUGCCGGCGAUGGCAUUGGCGAGCAUCCGACCCAGGCCUUCCUGGACCUGUUCACCAUCCGCGAGGAGCUUGGCACGGUGAGCGGCCUGCGGGUGGCCUUCGUGGGCGAUUUGCUGAAUGGCCGGACCGUGCAUAGCCUGGUCCGCCUGCUGGCCCUGUAUGGGGUCCAUGUGCACCUGGUGGCCCCUCCGGGGCUGGAGCUGCCGGAGUAUGUCCUUGCCGAUGCGGAGGCCGGUGCUCGGCGCCACAACGGCCAGGGCUUCCUGUCGGUGCAGCACCAUGGCUCGGUGGAUGAGGUCAUUUCCCUGGUGGAUGUGGUGUAUGCCACGCGUCUGCAGCGGGAGCGCUUCGCUGCCACCGACACCGAGCAGGGGGCGGCCCAGCUGCGCGAGGCCCAUGCCGAGUAUCUGGCCCGCUGUGCCAUCACCCCGGCUCGCAUUGCCCAGGCCAAGGACAACAUGAUCGUCAUGCAUCCGCUCCCGCGCGUGGAUGAGAUUGACCCGCGUGUGGAUCUCGACCCGCGUGCCGCCUACUUCCGCCAGAUGCGCUACGGUCUGUACGUGCGCAUGGCACUCCUGCGUCUUGUUCUCCUGGGACAGUGA